GGGCCCGAGGCGGACGUGAGCAGGGCUGGACCAAGAUGGCGGUGCAGGUGGUGCAGGCGGUGCAGGCUGUCCACCUGGAGUCGGAUGCUUUCCUAGUUUGUCUCAACCACGCUCUGAGCACUGAAAAGGAGGAGGUGAUGGGGCUGUGUAUAGGGGAGUUGAAUGAUGACACAAGGAAUGACUCCAAAUUUACAUAUACCGGAUCCGAAAUGCGCACAGUUGCUGAAAAGGUUGACACUGUCAGAAUUGUUCACAUUCAUUCUGUCAUCAUCUUGCGACGCUCUGAUAAGAGGAAGGAUCGAGUGGAAAUUUCUCCAGAGCAGCUGUCUGCGGCCUCAACAGAGGCGGAAAGGUUGGCUGAACUAACAGGCCGCCCCAUGAGAGUUGUGGGCUGGUAUCACUCUCAUCCUCAUAUAACUGUUUGGCCCUCACAUGUUGAUGUUCGCACACAAGCCAUGUACCAGAUGAUGGAUCAAGGCUUUGUAGGGCUUAUUUUCUCCUGUUUCAUAGAAGAUAAAAACACAAAGACUGGCCGGGUACUCUACACUUGCUUUCAAUCCAUACAGGCCCAAAAGAGCUCAGAUGCUUGGACGGAACCCAGCGCUCAUCGCACACCCCAGCCACUGGCUAACACCCAGCCCUCGGCCACCUCCUCACAACACCCUCAGACUGCCCAAAGGACCCUGCCACGGCUCCAGCACUGUGUAGCCUCUGCCUUCGCUGCUGCCUCUCAGCCAGUGGCAUGAUAACUGUGUCCCUCUUGCAGUUGUGCCAGAACUACCACCAGGACUUAGAUACCUCUGUCAACUGCCAGAUCAACCUAGAGCUCUAUGCCUCCUACAUCUAUCUGUCUUACUACUUCAACCAUGAUGAUUUGACUUUGAAGAACUUUGCCAGAUAUUUUCUUCACCAAUUUCAGGAUAGGGAACAUGCUGAGAAACCGAUGAAGCUGCAGAACCAGCAAAGUAGUCAAAUCUUCCUUCAGGAUUCAAGAAACCACACUGUGAGUGUGCAUUACACUUGGAAAAAACAUGAAUCAGUCAUUACUAGAACUGCAAAAACUGGCCACUGACGAAAAUGACCCUCAUUUGUAGGCAACUUCAUUGAGACUCAUUACCUGAAUGAGUGGGUGAAGUCCAUUAAGAAUUGGGUGACCAUGUAACCAACUUGAGCAAGAUAGGGGUCCCUGAAUCUGGGAUGGCAGUGAUAACCAGAGCUAAGCCUUACGCUGGCUCCCCAGAGCUACACGCUGACUUCCGUGGCCACCAAGGCAGUGCAUGCUUGUUGGUGUUACCUUUACCUCUUCUGUAAGUUGUACCAAAACAUCUACUUCAGUCCUUUCAUUUGUACCACUCCUGCAAAUUUGGUAUAAAAAAAGGAUUAUAAGGUAAAACUGAACAAUCGCACACCAACACAUUACAUAACCUAAAUGAAAUGGACACAUUCCUUGAAACAUUCAAGUUGCCAAAACUGGCUCAAAAAGAAAUAGAAAAGCUGAACUGACCUAGAAAAAUUAAGUAGAUUGAAUCAAUAGUAAGAAAUGUUCCAACAAAGAAAACUCCAAGACCAGGUAACUACACUGGUUAAUUCUGCCACAUGUUUAAAGAAGAAUUAACACUAUUACUUCUCAAACUCUUCCAAAAAAUAGAAGAAGAGUGAGCACUUCUGACUCACUCUUUGAGACCAGUAUCACCCUGAUACCAAAGCCAGACAAAGAUGUCAGAAAAAAAAAGGUUAAAAUAGCACAAAUAUGCCUUACAAAUACAGAUAUACAAGUGUUCAAUGAAAUAUUAGCAUACUGAAUCCAACAGUACAUUAAAGGAUUGUACACCAUAACCAAGUGGGAUUUACCCCCGGCAUACAACCAAUGUUCAACACAAGAAAAUCAAUUGAUGAAAUAAACCAUAUUAAUAGAACAAAGGAAAAAACACAUUAUCAUCUCAGUUGAUGCACAAAAAGCAUUUGACAAAUUCCAAUACCAUGUUAUGAUAAAAACACUCAGAAAACUAGGAAUAUACGGACCAUUCCUUAACAUUUAUGGGCAUUUAUGAAUAUACACAGCUAGCAUUUGACCUAAUGGUGAAAGAUUGAAAGCUUUCCCCCUAAGAUUGGGAACAACACAAGGAUGCCCAGUUUAACCACUGCUAUUCAACAUUAGACUGGUAGUUCUAGUCAAAACAAUUAGGAAAAAAAAAAGGUCCAAGUUGGAAAACAAGAAGUAAAAGCUAUCUUUAUUUGCAGAUGACAUGAUUCUCUAUAUAGAAAAUCCCAAAGAGGCCUCCAAAAGCUACUAGAGCUAAUAAAUGCUGGUGUGCAGCAUGGACAAUCCAAAAGGGAAAUUAAGAAAACAAUUUCACUUAACAAUAGCAUCCAAAAUAAAAUACCCUAGGAAAAAAAAUUUAACCAAGGAGGGGAAAGAGUUGUAAAGUUGAAAGUAGAAUAUGCUGCUGAAAGAAAUGAUCACCUAAGUAAAUCAAAAGACAUCCCAUGUGCCUGGAUUGAAAGACUUAAAUUCAGUUUAAUCCAGAAACACAAGGUUCUUUUGGCUUCAGUAAAUCUAAAUGUAAUUCAAAAUGUAAUCUAAUUAACUACAUCAAAUUAAAGGAGAAAAACCCUACAGUUGUAUAUCAAUAGAUACUGGGAAGAAAUUGACAAAGAUCAUUGUUAAUGGAUACUGUCAGGUACUUGAUGUGCCUCCUUUCAUUUAAUUUUCCCAGCAACCCUGUGCCCCCUUUUACUGAUGAGGAAACAAGCUCAGAAGUUAAGAGACUUGCACAAAUUCACAAAGCUGGCAUACAGGGCCAUUUUCAGUGUCAGGCACUAAUUUUAUGUUUGUCAGCCCUGAGUUACCCACUAAUAUCCUUGGCUUUAAUUUCUAUAAAGUUAUUUGUCUCUUUUUCCUGCUGGUUUUGAUGAUUUCUUUAUAUGUUCUGGAAAUUUCAUCUUUUGUCUGUCAAGUAUGUUGUAGAUAUUUAGCACCAGGCUGACUUUGUUUAUUGUGAUUUGUCAGACUAAAAGCUUUAAAACAAUGAAUCAGUGUUAUCCAUCAUUUUAUUUAUUCCUUUCUCUUCUUUAAAAGACCUCUUUUCCUUAAGAACAUAAAUAUAGUCUUACUUUCUUCUUCUUUUAUAAUUUUGGUCUUUAAAUUUAGAACCUUAAUUCAUCUGGAACUUACCUUUAGUUAACUCCUUGCAGUUGGAGUCAAACUUCAUUUUAUCCCAAAUGAGUAACUAGUUGUUCCUGCACCACUUUUUGAGCAGUAUACUGCAUAUCCACUGAUUUGAAAAGCCAUUUUGAUCAUAUACUGUUUCUUUGUAUAUACAUGAGCCCAUUUCUGGUCUUUUCUUUACUCCCUUGAUGGGUUUAUCUUCUAUUCCUUUGCCAAUAUCCUACUUUUUCUUUGCUUAGUUACUAUGGCUUUUUAGCAUGGAAACAGGCAGUGUGUGCAGCGACUGAGAGCAUGGGGCCUUGAGCCAGACAGCCUGGUUUGAGUACUGAAGCUACCUUUAACUAGGUGGUGACUUUGGGAAAAUAAUUCAAGCUCUAUCUCAGUUUUACUUUAAUGUAAUAUGGAGAUACUAUAUCACUAUUCAGUUCUUAAAAUUAUUGUGAGGAUGAAAGGAAUUAAUGUUAAGUAACCAACCCAGCCUGCCGUCAGGCUAGCACAAGCAGGCAUUUUCACAGCUGUCUAGUGCUCUUCUCUGGCUCCCUAAUUAAUGGCUCAGGUGUGCAGGAAUGAGAGCAUAAGGGGCGGGGGUGGGGCAGAGGGGAAACUACCCUGGCUCAGGAGCCAUAAGGGACCCUCCCUCUGUUAACAGUCCCCUGUGCAGAGCAUCCCCAGGUCCCUGUCCAGGAUGGCCCAAGAACAAGAGGUGCGCUGCACUUGAGCCCAGGCUGUGGCUGCCACCAGGUGUCAGUUAUGUUCCCUCGCAGCCCUCCCAGCCCAGCUGCAGGGCACCAGCCAGGGCAUUUUCCCAGAAGCAGGCCUGCCUGGUCACGCAGGUGACCGCCUGCCUUCAUCAGGUUUUCAGGGGAACAGCUAGCAAGCCAGUCCAAGGUCAGUUCCCCACCUUCAAGGACAAAGAAUUUUGGUAAUCCUAUUUUCACUAUUUCCAGGAGGAGUGGAGAAUAUAUGGCAGCAAAACCAACAAAUAUCCACUAUAAGAUUUCUCAUUAGAUUAACAGGUUUUGUUGCUUUUCUAAAUAGGAUUUUUUCCCUUCUUUCUAUUAUAAAUUCUGGAUGAUUAUCCUUCCAUAGGUGCUAUGGAUUUCCCUGUGUUGCUCUUGUAACUAGAUACACCGCUGAACUCUGUUAGUAGUAGUAGUUUGCCAUUGGAUUGUAAUGGAUUUUUCUAUUGUUCUUUAAUCAUGAAUGUCUCUGUUCUUAUCAAAUGCCUGUUUGUCAUUUUCUGAGUUACUAAUGUGAUUGUUUUCCCUUUAAGUUUAGUAAAGGUAAUGAUUUAUAUUGAAAGCUUUCUAAAUAG